AUGGGUGACAACACCGAAAAGAAGUCAACCGACACAGGCAUGCCUUCAAAGCCAAAAUGGGAAAACCCCAACCACCCACUCUACCUUCAUCAUACUUACCAACCCAGCGUAAUCCUUGUCCUGCAGCCUUUGGUAGAAGAUAACUACAUCACAUGGGUUCAGUCCAUGAGCAUAGCCUUAACGGUCAAGAACAAGAUUGACUUCGUUGAUGGGUCAAUCAAAGAACCAAGUGGGGAUAAACCUGAUGAAUUGCAGCAAUGA